AAAGCGGAAGUUAAUCCUCUUUCUUCUAUCCUCUCUAUAUUCUGGCGCCCAACACAUUUUACCACUACUAUGGCGUCUAUGCUCUCUCACUCUUCUUCUUCUUCCUUUCUGAACCUUAACUUUACCAAUGAUUUAUCGCUCUCCUUUUCUGCUACCUUCUCCCCUCCCUUGCCACAAUUCCCAAAAAGUGCUUCUAAAAAAUGGAACAAUAACGAAAAUUAUAGAAGCUAUACUGUAAAGUGUGCACUUGCAAAAGCCAGAACGCCUCCUUCGCCCGCUUCUGAUGCAUUCAUAAGGGAACCCCACAAAUACUUUGAUGAGGUGGUUAUCACAGUUCGUGCUGGAGAUGGAGGGCAUGGUGCCGUUCUUAGUAUGCCCAACGUUAAAGCUCCAUCUAAGUCACAAGGAAAAUUUGACAGAGAAAAGACUAAGAGAAAACCCUCUUAUAAAAGGGACUUUGAUGGCUCAUUAAUCCUUCCAAUGGGGGGACAUGGUGGCGACGUUGUCAUUUAUGCAGAUGAGAGCAAAGAUACACUGUUGGAGUUUCACAACAAGAGCAAGCACAAGGCGAAGCGUGGGGGAAAUGUUGAUGCCAUGGGUGUGUUAACAUCUUACCUGCAAAAUGGACUUGCUGCACCACAUUGCGAAUUCCUGAUUCGAGAAGUUUGGCUAGGAUUUGGGGGAAGCGGUUUUGGGGGUUGGAAAGAGGAAGACGAGAGGAAUAAGGGGUGUAUUUUUGGAGUGGUUUUAGCUAUUGGCCAGCCUGGAGAGGAAGUUAGCCUGCAGUUGAUACUGAGAGUUGUUGCUGAUGUGGGUCUUGUUGGACUUCCAAAUGCUGGAAAAUCGACCCUAUUGGCUGCCAUUACACAUGCAAAGCCCGAUAUUGCUGAUUAUCCAUUCACAACGUUGAUGCCAAACCUUGGACGUCUUGAUGGCGACCCAAGUUUAGGGGCAGACAAAUAUUCAUCUGAAGCAACUCUAGCGGACCUGCCUGGUCUCAUAGAAGGUGCACAUUUGGGGAAGGGUCUAGGGCGUAAUUUUUUGAGGCACUUGAGGAGAACAAGAUUGUUGGUCCAUGUUGUUGAUGUGGCUUCCGAGGACCCAGUCAGUGAUUACAGAACUGUGAAAGAAGAACUGCGCAUGUACAAUCCUGAGUACCUUGAUAGACCGUACCUUGUGGUGCUAAACAAGAUUGACAAACCUGAGGCAAUAGACAGGCUUCCUACCUUGACUGAAGAAAUAUGGAGAAUUGGGUGUGAAAGAAUAUCUUCCGAGCCCGACACAAGCUCUGGAACUGUGGCUGAAUCCUUUUCUGUUGACGGGAGCCAAAACAGUGAGAUUUCUUCUGGGUUAUCUGCUAAGGAUCAGAAGGUUAAAGAACUUGAAGAGUAUCUACGCCCUCUUGCUGUUGUGGGUGUUAGUGUACUAAAAGGGAUUAAAGUCAAUGAGAUGUUGAAAGAGAUACGGACGGCGCUUUGCAAAUCCCUAUGAUGCAGCCUUUGCUACUGUCAAAAUAUUUUGUCAGGAUUGAUGAAGUUUUAAACCGUUAAAAUGAUUGACUGCCUUGACAUAUCAUAUGCUGUUGUUGCCUGGGUUUUGGAUGCAUUAAGGACUAUAGAGGCAAAAUUUGUCAGCCUAGUCUUCAAGUUAUCAAAGAUUAUAUUACUUUACGUCCAUACUGCAGUCUUUGGGAUCUGUACCUCGGCCAUCUCAUGCUGGAAAUUAGCGGCUGUGUGUGUGUGUGUGAAUAUUCUUUGAGAUCCACCUUGAUCCUUGCCGCUCAUUUGUUCAGUUUAAUAUUCAAACACCUCCAGCUCCUGGGGCAAGAAGCUGUCCGCUAUGACAUUUUUUCUCUAAUGUAUUAAAGAAAAAAGGUUAAAGAAACGCAUAGUUUAUGUUUUAUAUUCUCUCGCUAGUUAUAUUGGUGUAUGCAUGUUUCAUCUUGUAAAAUUAGGUGUAUGAAAAGCCUCAAAUCCAGGAAAUACUUUGUACGAUGUCAACUAUUUUAUAUGCAAGAGCAUAACACAUUACGUCUUAACAAUUUAGUUUGAU